AUGGCUAACCGGCUCAAGUUUGUUUUCCCAAAGCUUAUUGGUAGAGAGAAAGCUGGGUUCAUGGCUGGCCGUAGUCCUUUUGAUAACAUUAUUGCCCUUCAAGAGAUCGCCCAUACUAUUGAGAAAGAUUUUACCCACCCCCCUAGGAUGAUUGUCAAAAUAGACAUAGAAAAAGCAUAUGAUUCUAUUAGCUGGGCUGCAAUUCUUACCACCUUAACAAAGAUGAACUUCCCUCCAAUUUGGGUUUCCUGGAUCAAAACCUGCCUUUCUGCUACUCCUUUCUCCCUUCUCAUCAAUGAAUCCGUAGACUUUGUUCCAAUUGGAAGCACUCCAAACUUUCCCAAUCAGCUAAAAUCAUUCUCAUUAACUCAUCUAUUCUUUCCAUUCCAACAUACUAUUCCUCUGCUUACACUAUCCCUAUUCCCUGACACUGUCCUCAAGGAAAUUGAUAAAAUUGUUAGGGAUUUUCUCUGGUACAAAGGUGGCAAUGGAAAGGGCAUCCACGAUGUUGCUUGGGCCAAUCUAACUCUUCCCAAGCCUGAGGGGGGUCUUGGUAUUCGAAAUCUCUUUCUUGCUACAAUUUCCCUGAUGGCUAAUAAUGUUUUCAAGUUUUUGAAUGAUUGUGAUGCUAUUUGGGUUAAUAUUCUUGUGUCUAAGUAUGGUAAAUUUAAUUUUUGGAAGGACUCUAUCCCUUCAGGUUAUUCUUGGUUUUUUAGAGGUCUAUGUUACACAGCCAAUCGUUUGAAGCCUUAUUGCUCAUUGAAUUCUGUGAAUCCUAAUUUAGUUUCUUUCCUUUAUGAUCCUUGGUGUGAUAAUAUCCCUCUUGCCUUUAAUCCCACUUUUCUGUAA